AUGGCAAACUCGUGUGCAGCAUUUCUUUAUCCUUCUGCUAUCUGGCAAGCUUUACUUGUCUUUAUUUCUGUGACUGCAGUUCGUGCUACAGAUGCUGGGGGCCAAGGUCAGUGUCCUCCUUUCUCCUGUGGUGAUCUUCACAACAUAUCCUUCCCUUUCCGUUGGCCAGGCGAUCCACCUGAGUGCGGUGUAACAGCAUACGAGCUGGUCUGUAGCCACGGCAAAGCCAGAAUUCGCAUCAACACGGGGACAUAUUUUGUCACCAGCAUCAACUAUACCGAUCACUCGUUCCGGGUUGUGGAUGCCAACUUGGAUAUGCACAGCAGCUGCCCUCUUCCUCGCUGGGAUCAGUUUCCAUAUUACACUUCUGAGGGAUCUUACUGGAGUAGUGGUUUGCAUUACCAUUCUGAUUUAGGCACUGCCGAUAGUUGGGCAUGCUUCAUUAAUUGUUCAAAGUCAAUAACAAAUAGUAGCUGGUACAAGCCCGUCAAUUGCCUGACUGCGAACAAUUCCUUUGUUUAUGUCAUGGUUUCUGGCUAUUGUAUAGUCAGCUCUCUUGGACCUUCUUGUGGAUACUUGGCCAUGACCCCCUUUGGUAACUCGCGUACUAUCACAUACAAAGAUUUAGAGAAUGCCAAUUAUACAGAUAUCAUAGAAUAUGUAAGGAAGGGAUUUUCUGUUCGAUUUCCUGAUGAUUAUUAUUCAGGCCAGAAUGCUUCUUGGAUAUUUGAAACAUGCCGAAAUAAUUCUGCCAGGUGA